AUGAUAAGGUGCUCAAUCUUGAGUGGAUACAGACCACUGCCAACGAAAUAUCAUCUUCACGUUCCAACAAAACCAAACUUCCAAUCAGUGACCAAUUUGAGUAGCCAUUAUCUCCUUCCAUCCUUUCCCAUUAAAGCUUGUAAUCCUCUUCCAUUUUCUUCUCACAAACUCGAAAAACCUUUACACUCAUCUACCACCAUGGAUAAUUCGACCUCCACAGACAGUGAAGUAGCCUAUGAUAUCCCUCCCAUCCUCAAAGUCUACAAAAACGGUCGUGUCGAGAGGCUAGAGGGUGUCCAGGUUGUUCCUCCGGGGCUUCAUCCUGAAACCAACGUCGAAUCCAAAGACGUCGUAAUCUCCGAAGAACAUGGCAUAUCCGCGAGGCUUUACAUUCCCAAAACCACUUACCCCCCACGGAAUAAACUCCCUCUCCUUGUUUACUUCCACGGCGGCGCCUUCAUCAUCGAAACACCUUUUUCUCCUAACUACCAUAACCUCCUCAACAACAUUGUUUCAGAGGCUAAUGUGAUAGGUGUCUCUGUCCACUACAGGAGAGCACCGGAGCACCCGGUUCCGGCUGCCCACGAAGACUCGUGGGUUGCUCUCAAAUGGGUCGCUUCCCAUUCUGGGGGAACCGGCUCUGAGGAGUGGCUAAACGAGCACGCAGAUUUUGGGAAAGUUUUCUUCGCCGGUGACAGUGCCGGAGCCAACAUUGCAAGUUAUUUGGGCAUUCGUCUUGGGACGGAAGGGCUGCCCAGGGUGAAGGUUGAAGGGAUUGCUUUGGUGCAUCCUUAUUUUUGGGGAGUGGAACCGCUUGAGUGUGAGGCGAAGCGGGCUGAAGACGCUGCGAAGACGCACAAGUUGUGGCGUUUUAUAUGCCCAAAUACGACUGGAUCGGACGACCCAAUUAUCAACCCGGGAGCGGAUCCGAAUCUGGGGAAGCUAGCUUGUGCCAGAGUGCUUGUUUGUGUGGCUGAGAAGGAUUUGUUGAAGGACAGGGGUUGGUACUACAAAGAAUUGCUCCAUAAGAGUUCAUGGCCUGGAGUUGUGGAGGUGGUGGAGACGAAAGACGAGGACCAUGUGUUUCAUAUGCUGAAUCCAAGCUGUGAGAAUGCUAAGGUUCUGCUUAACAGAAUUGUUUCCUUUAUUAAACAGGAUUGA